AUGAGGAGCACAGCAACGCCCUUGGCCAUGCACUUCAAGCUGUCCAAAACUCAGAGAGCUAUCACAGAUGAAGAGAAAUGGGAAAUGAAGUUAGUACCCUACUCCAAUGUUGUGGGUAGCUUAAUGUAUCUUAUGAUAUGCACUAGACCGGAUAUAGCUCAUGCUAUAAGUACAACUAGCCGAUAUAUGGCUGACUACGGCAGACAACAUUGGAGUGCGCUCAAAUGGACACUAAGAUACCUUGUGGGAGCAGACAAGCUGGGGAUAGUAUUCAAUGGUGAAGGUGGAGUUGAGGAAGUGCCUUUAGUAGGCUAUUGUGAUUCAGACUAUGCAGCUAAUAUUGACACAAGGAGGUCACAAACCGGGUGCAUUUUCACAUUAUUCGGUUCAGCCAUUUGUUGGAAGUCAAGUUUGCAAAGCGUGGUUGCUUUGUCGACGACCGAAGCUGAAUAUAUGUCACUAACUUCGGCUGUGAAGGAAGGAAAGUGGCUGCUCGGACUGGUGAGUGAGUUUGGGCUGAAGCAGCAAAGUAUCUCGGUGCAUUGUGGUAUUAUUAAUGGAGCGUUGUGUCUUGCUAAGCACCAAACGUUUCAUGAACGCAGCAAACACAUCGAUGUGAGAUUGCACUUUAUCAGAGACGAGGUGGAGAAUGGGAGAGUGAAGCUAGUGAAGAUCAACACUGCUCAUAAUCCAGCCGACAUGCUCACCAAGCCUUUGAGCAAGGAGAAGUUCCAAUACUACCGCAGGUUAGUGAGCUUGUGCGCAACAGAGUUUUGA